CAAAACCGAAACCCGAUUCACAAUUCUUAUUACAUUAUGAAAUAUUUAUUGCAGUCAGUUGCUUGUUGCUUAUACGUGUACGAAAAAAGUGUGCAUCUCUUUUGGCACCAUAAACCCGUAUCAAAAUUUCCGGAAGCAGUGAGCACAAAGAUGUCGGCUGUUGGGUGGCCAUUACGGAGAAUCUGUCCCGAAUUCAUCCAUGUGUCGGGCAAAACGUUUCGUCUUUGCUGUACCACAUGGGUCAACACCAACCGAGCGAAUAUGCAAUGCUCGUGGGAUUUCCGCUGCUGCUUACCAUCGGCCUGAUUACGAAUACUCUAUAUGUUAUAUUCGUUUUAUCCGGGCAGAAGGAAUCUACUAAAACGGUGUACCUCACUGUACUGGCUAUCUCUGGGAGUUUUCUUCUAUUGUUCGAAGUACCACGAUUCGUUCAUGUCAGUCUCCCGACGGCCGCAGUCCGGCCGCAUUUUGCAUCCUUUAUGACGCACAGUGUGGGAUUGCAACUUUUUGGAGAAUGUUCGUUUAUGCUCAUUUCCAAUUGGACGGUUAUUGCAUUUUCUUUGGAAAGGAUUAUCGUCAUUUCCAAUCCCGUCCGUUUUCAUCGCGGUGUGCGGAAGAAAUAUGCCGUCAUUGUCAUUACCAUCAUCACUGCCAUUGCUUUGGGCUUAUCCAUCGCUAGCACUUAUUUGUAUUACAAGUCAAUCUGGGGAACUGGACUGAUGGAUGAUAACCUCUGCAUCGCAAAAAGCUACCGCUUGGAGCUGGGAGAGGUUCUCAGCCUAAGCAAAAUGCUGUUUUUCAUGCAGGGUUUGUUCGCCACCGUUCUUGUGCCGCUGAUAACCUUUAUAUUCAUGAUCAUCUCCACCACCAUUUUACUAAUUCUGCUUGUACGAGCGCGAGCUCGGAAAAAGGAUCUGCAGAAUGGGCAAAAAGUCGAUAUCCGCUGGUCAGCACAACUGUCCAGCGACGGAACUCGGGCGCUUCUGCGGACCUUGGCUGGCUAUUUCAUCACGCAGGCGCCGCGGGUCGUCUUUCUCAGCUACCGUGCAACAUCCGCUCUGCGCAACUGCUACGCCUUGUUGGCUAUCAAUAUGCUAAUGCAAAACCGCGCUGCUCCAGUAAUCCAUGUUCUGUUUCUGGUCAAUUACGCUGUGACCUUUCUGUAUCAUAGUAAUCUCAUCAAGGAUUUCAAAAAACGCUGGCGCGAGAGAAAAGAGAAAAAUAAAACUAAAACUUAGCAAUAUUCUUGACCUGUUUACCUGGAAUUUCUUUUGACUGUACAGAAAAUUUUGGACGUUUGCCUGUACCUGUAUGUGUAUUUAUUACACACCGGGCAGUAUUUGUAUUGUGGAGGUUGCGCAAACAAGCGUGCUACGCAGAGCAGUUGUUUAAUUUGGAGCGGUCUGAGAAAUUUGGCUUUACAAU